AUGUCGACACACACGCCGUCCCCUCUCCCCACGCUCCUACUCCCGCCUGCACUCAUCACACCCUACGGCGCUAGCUCUCCUCAGUCCUCCCGCCACUCACAGCACGCACCUCUCCAUAUUUAUACACCCCCACACUCCCAAACCACCCCUUCAAAGAUGUUCGCUAACUCCAGCGCUGCUGCCGUUACGGCCGCCUCGAACUCGCCGCAGAGGUCUCCCCGCCCGUCUCCGAAGAAGGCUGCGGUAAAGAAGGCUGCGGCCAAGAAGGCUGCGGCCAAGAAGGCUGCACCGAAGAAGGCUGCACCGAAGAGGGCUGCACCGAAGAGGGCUGCACCGAAGAAGGCUGCACCGAAGAAGGCUGCGGCAAAGAGGGCUGCGAAGAAGUCUGCACCGAAGAAGGCCGUGAAGAAGGCUGUGAAGGCCGUGAAGAAGGCUGUGAAGGCGGCGAAGAAGGCUGUGAAGAAGGCGGCGAAGAAGGCGGCGAAGAAGUAA